GCAAGAGCACCUCCUGGUACGACGUUGUGGAGAUUUCGUUGACAUUCGUCUAGAAUACGAAACCAACCAUGGGUCAGCAUGUUUCACGAACCGAUUUCGAAUGGGUUUACAAUGAUCAACCCCACGCAAGUCGCCGUAAGGCUAUGCUUAAAAAAUAUCCUCAAAUUAAACAACUCUUCGGACCCGAUACGUCUUUGAAAUACGUAGUGUCAGCGAUGGUACUUACGCAGAUCUUCAUGUUGUACGUGAUGCAGAAUCAAUCGUGGAUGAUGAUCAUUCUGGUGGCAUACUGUUUCGGCGGGAUAAUCAACCAUUCUCUAAUGCUAGCGAAUCACGAAAUAUCACACAACAUGGCUUUCGGAUACGGUAGACCUUUAGCAAAUCGUUAUUUUGGGAUGUGGUGUAAUUUACCCAUCGGUGUUCCAAUGUCAGUGUCGUUCAAAAAGUACCAUACAUUGCAUCACAGAUAUUUGGCUGAUGAAAAGUUAGACCCUGACCUACCCAGUGCUUUGGAAGCGAAACUAUUCUGUAACGCAGCCGGUAAAUUUGUAUGGGUUGUACUACAACCGGUAUUCUACGCACUCAGGCCAUUGUUUGUUAAUCCACUACCGGUAGAGAGGUUGGAGAUAAUCAAUACGCUGGUACAGUUGGUGUUCGAUGCGUUUGUGGUGAUAAUAUUCGGCUGGAAAAUGCUCGCUUAUCUAUUGAUUGGUUCUUUGCUGGCAAUGGGUUUUCAUCCGGUAGCUGGACAUUUUAUAGCCGAGCAUUACAUGUUUGCAAAAGGAUUUGAAACGUACUCUUACUAUGGUCCGCUCAAUUGGAUAACAUUCAACGUGGGCUAUCAUAAUGAACAUCACGACUUUCCAGCCAUUCCCGGCAGCAGGUUACCGGAACUGAAGAAAAUUGCACCCGAAUUUUAUGAAACUUUGCCACAACAUAUAUCCUGGGUACGUGUAAUGUACGAUUUCAUAACAGAUCCCGCUAUUGGGCCGUAUGCAAGGAUAAAACGGCGUGCAUUACUCAAGUCAGGUUGAAUUGUCCACCAGUAUCUGAUUAAUACCUCGGUUGAGCAACAGUGCAAUCAACUUCGAAGAGAAUUACGUGAUGUGCGCAGAAUACAACAGGAGUUACGUGUUGAUUCCAUUGUUCACUCUUAAUAUACUUGCAAUGCGGAAUAUUUUUAAGGCGCUCUCUUGAUAAGAAUGUGAUUAAACUUUUAUUUUUCACUGAAAUUGUUGGAUGAUUUGCAAAUAGCUUACG